GGUGGUGGUAAUUUAAAACGAAGAAGAAGAAGAAGAGUGGGACGCACGCUGCUGCGUCAUUUACACGCUUCGUGACGUUAAAACACGCGCCGCUAUGUUUUGAAAAGCCGGGCAAUGUUAGUUAGCAGGCUUGUUUUGCAAUAUUUAUAUGCACGCAAAUUCCUACACAAUGUUUAGAUAUAUCUCUAAGUGAAGGUCAGAUUAAAACAUGCCAAAGUCCGUGAAAAAGUCUUGCAGCUCCCAGACCUCCAUUAGCAAGUACUUCGGAGGACUGAGUAGCAGCCUCAGCACUCAGUGUGGGAUUAAACAAAAUGCUGCUGAGCUCCAGCUUUCUAGAGGGAAGCAGAAACCUUCCUCUGAUGAUAAUGUUGGUUUGCCAGCAAAACGAGCUAAGCUUUCUUCAAAAGGCCAGCAGCUGGAGGAGCUGCAGUGUGAAUCUGCAUCCAGUCAGACCGUCAAAGAGACUAAGCUCACAUCAAGCAGGGGAGGAAGCAGCCUCUGCUCCUCCACCUUGGACAAGCUGAAAGGCUUCGCUUGUUGGGCUGAGCUCGGUGUCAGGCACAGUGACACCCAAGAAGAAACAAAGAAAGAGGGUGCUAGCAGUAAAAUCUGUGACCAGAAAAGCAGCAUUUUACCUCCUUCUGAGGUUAUAGACCAUCACAAAACUACAAACAGAAUGCAAGAAGCAGAGGAGGAAUAUGAGAACGAAGAGGAGGACAUUAAAGAAAAGGAGGAUUUGCGACCUGCUGCAAAAAAACAGGGGUUCAGUUUGUCUCAGUUUGCAGGAAGAUUUGUGGAGCUGAGUCCCCCAUCAGACUCUGUUGCUCCCUCCAGACGCUCUAAGAGUGUGUACACGCCCCUGGAGCUGCAGGUCAUCCAGUUUAAACAGCAGCAUAAGGACGCCCUGCUGGCUGUGGAGUGUGGUUACAAGUACAGGUUCUUUGGAGAGGAUGCAGAGAUUGCUGCAAAGGAGCUGAAUAUCGUCUGUCAUCUGGAUCAUAACUUCAUGACGUGCAGCAUCCCCACACACCGCCUGUUUGUUCAUGUCAGGCGCCUGGUGUCUCACGGACACAAGGUUGGUGUGGUUAAGCAGACUGAGACGUCUGCCAUUAAAGCUUCAGGAUCUAAUAGGAACACUCUCUUCACACGUCAGCUCAGUGCCAUGUACACAAAGUCCACUCUGGUGGGGGAGGAUGUAAACCCAGUCUGCAGACUGGAGGACGUGGCGGAGGGGGGCUGUGACGACGUUGUGUCUGACCCUCCUGACAGCUUCCUGUUGUGCAUCAGUGAGAACUGGGACAAACUGAAGAAGCAGCUCACUGUGGGGCUUGUGGCGGUUCAGCCCUCCACCGGAGACGUAUUUCUGGACUGUUUCCAUGAUGGUCCAUCUCGCUCUGAGCUGGAGAGCCAUAUCAUAAAAAUCAACCCUGUGGAAAUCCUUGUGCCCUCAGACCUCACAGAACAAACCCAAAGACUCCUGCUCAGCAUCGCCAAUGCCAGUGCUCAGGCUGAUGACCGAGUGAGAGUUGAGAAAAGGGACAGCGCUCAGUUCCAGUUUGCCUCUGCAAUGAACACUGUCACCAAAUUCUACUGCCAUACCCUGGAGAAAGACUCGCGCUCUCUUUCCAGCGUAGCAUCCUUUGAGAGCCCGGUUAUCUGCUGUCUGGGGCCCCUCAUCCAGUACCUCCAAGAAUUCAACUUAGAAAGAGUUCUUAGAAGCGAAAGCUCAUUUCGGCAUCUGUCUUGUGAGUCAGAGGGUAUGACCCUCGGUGCCACUACUCUCAGGAACCUAGAAAUACUCAACAAUCAGACGGAUGGGCGUGUGAAGGGAAGCCUUUUCUGGGUUUUGGACAACACUCGCACUCUCUUUGGAAGGAGACUGAUGAGGAAGUGGGUGAGCCAGCCCCUCACAAACCUGCAGUCUAUCUCUGAGAGGCAGGAUGCCGUACAAGAAAUCAUGGAGUCAGACUCUCUCACUUUAAAUUCCAUCAGAUCUUUGCUAUCACAUCUGCCAGACCUGGAAAGAGGCAUCUGCAGCAUUUACCACAAGAAGUGUUCAACGCAGGAGUUUUACCUCAUUAGUAGCAGUCUUUCUCGCCUGGGGCUUGAACUGCAGACUUUGCUCCCAGUUAUCCAAUUGCAGAUCAGUUCGCCGCUCCUCCGAAACCUCUUAUUGGAAACUCCUGACCUGCUGGCCCCGGCCCACAGCUUCCUCAAGGUGCUCAAUGAAAAGGCAGCCAAGUCGGGGAAUAAGACAGAACUCUUCUCCGAUCUGUCUGGCUUCCCGGUGCUGCAGGAAAGAACAAAACAGAUCCAGGCUGUCCUCAGUGACAUUCAAGAGCACCGCAAAGACAUCCGGCUGACGCUGAAGGUCCCGGCGCUUGACUACACGACUGUGUCCGGACAGGAGUUUCUGAUUGAGGUGAAGAACUCGCUGUCAUCCAUUGUUCCAUCUGAUUGGGUCAAAAUCAGCAGUACAAAAGCAGUCAGCAGGUAUCACUCGCCUUUCCUGGUAGACCGCUACAGGAAGCUGCAGCAGCUCCGAGAGCAGCUGCUGCUAGACUGCCAGAAGGAGUGGACCGAUUUUCUGGACCAGUUUGGGGAGCACUACCACACCAUGAAAAAGGCUAUUAGUCACCUAGCAACCAUGGACUGUCUCUUUUCAUUGGCUGAGGUGGCUAAACAGGGGGACUAUUGCAGACCAUCAGUGUGUGAAAAUCUGCACCAGAUUAUUAUCAGGAAUGGCAGACACCCUGCAAUAGAUUUACUGAUGGGAGAGAACAACCAGUAUGUGCCCAACCACGCUCAACUGCAGGGUGAAGGCAGGAGAACCAUGAUUAUUACCGGGCCGAAUAUGGGAGGCAAGAGCUCCUACAUCCGCCAGGUUGCUCUUAUCUGUGUUAUGGCCCAGAUGGGUUCUUACGUUCCAGCUUCUGAGGCCUAUUUGGGUAUUCUGGAUGGUAUUUACACCAGGAUGGGAGCUUCAGACAACAUCUAUAAAGGACGCAGCACGUUCAUGGAAGAGCUGACCGAGGCCUCGGAGAUCAUUUCCCGAGCCACAGAGCAUUCGUUGGUCAUCCUUGAUGAACUGGGACGGGGAACAAGCACUCAUGAUGGAAUUGCAAUUGCCUAUGCCACUCUGGAAUACUUCAUCAGAGACGUGAAAGCCCUUACCCUGUUUGUGACCCACUAUCCUCCUCUGUGUGAGCUGGAGCAGAAGUAUCCUGAAAACGUAUCUAAUUACCACAUGGCAUUUUUACUCAACGAGCCCGAUGUCCCUAUUGACACAGACGAUGGAGAGGUUCAGCCAGAGUUCAUCACCUUCCUCUACCAGUUAACUGAAGGAGCUGCAGGACGGAGCUAUGGACUCAAUGUCGCCCGACUGGCUGAUAUUCCAGAUUCCAUACUUCACUCUGCUGCUAGCAAAGCCCGCGAGCUGGAGAGCCUGGUUAAUGAAAGGAGGAAGCAUAAGAAACUUCUUUCAGAUCUUUGGAACAUCUCAGAUAAAUCAUCCCUCAUAAAGUGGCUGCAGUCAAACUCUUGACAUCUCUGCAACAAUAACCAUCGUCACCGGAGUGCAUAAAGUGAGAAAUCCUGCUAUCAAUGAAGCUGCUCAGUGAGGAAUCUACAUGCUCACUAAGGCGGAAAUGUGUUUCUCUGUUGGAGUAGGUUGAUGCUGCAGCUUGCUAAUAUGUUGAUGUGUGAAAAGAAUUUUAACCAUCUCAGGUUCUUGUUAUUACUAUCAUCUGUACUGUAACCUAAUUAUGACAACAUCAAUUAAAUACAAACUGAUCUUGUUUUAGCCAACACACUGGGUUUGGUAUUGGUGUGUUUGGAGAUUAAAUAAAGAAAAAUGUCG